AUGAACAUGCUAUUCUUGGGCAUCCCCGUUUUGAGCGUCGGCUCGACUCUGGCCUUCACCUACUGGGGGGUCGGCCGCAGUGUGCCCAGACUGACUUUGGCGGACAGGUGCAGGUACCUGCUCUUGCGACUGGUGGCGUUGAUGAUGGUACUGCUGCCGCCGUACAGGCGCGCGCUGGGCCUGGCCCUCCGCACGACCCUGCAGUCUUGUGAGACGUGCGCCGAGCGAGAGGCAACUGCGACAUGCAGCCCGCUGGCCGUCUCCGUGUUUGCACCGCUCUUUCUCCUGCUCGUCGCCGUGCUGGCCUCUGCGUUGAUCCUCGCGG